AUGCUUGAUGAAAACAACGAGUUGGUCAGAACAUUUAGGCGCAUUCGACAAGAUCUCCAGCUUUCUUCCACACCAAAUCUCCGACUCAGAAUCUUUGGGAUCAAAAGUAGGAAUCGACAAUAUGACUUGCCAACUAGCUCUGAUAUUGCAGCCUUAAUACCUGGUGAUUUUGUUGCAGAUAGGGAGGAUAGAGAUAUCAUUGUUGACCAUCGAGGAGAAGGGGUGAAACGUAUAACAAGCCUGAACCCAAAAUUCGAAGCUCUUCACUUCCCAUUGCUAUUCCCGUACGGAGAAGAUGGGUUUCAUCCUCAAAUUUCUUAUAAUGCCUCCUUUUGUCCAGCAUCAAUGCGCAGAAAAUUUGUUACUCAAAAAGAGUAUUAUGCUUUUAGACUUCAGUAUCGACUGAAUGAGGGGCAUACACUGGUUCAAAGUGGCAAGGCAUUGCAACAUUACUGUGUUGAUGCAUUUUCAACAAUUGAACUCAAUCGUCUGGCAUUUCUUAGAACUCAUCAAAAAGCUUUAAGAACAGAGGUUUAUCAGGGAGAAAAACUUGGAAGAAUUAUAAUGCUAUCAUCUUAUACAGGAGGACCAAGAUAUAUGCAGCAACUAUAUCAUGAUGCCAUGGCAACCUGUCAACAUUAUGGUAAUCCAGAUUUAUUUGUUACAUUUACCUGCAAUCCUAUGGUAGUCUGCCGUGUGUUUCACAUGAAACUUGCCAUAUUAAUUGACGAGUUUAAAAGAGAAUCAUACUUCGGGAAAACGAUAGCCACAGAGAUACCAGACCCCAAUCUAGAUCCAGAAGGGUAUGCUGCAGUGGUUAAGUUCAUGAUUCAUGGACCUUGUGGUGUUAACAACCCCACUUCACCGUGUAUGAAAGAUGGUAAAUGUUCGAAGUAUUUUCCAAAAGAAUUCUGUUCAGAAACUUCGUUCGACAAGUUUGGCAAUGUCGUUUACAGAAGAAGAAAGUCCGGCAUUCAGGUUCACAAAGGAAAGGCAAUGUUGGAUAAUAGAUAUGUCGUUCCAUACAAUUGGAACUUAUUGGUCAGAGCUCAAGCCCAUAUUAAUGUGGAGAUAUGUCACAAGGGAGGCUUAGUGAAGUACUUAUUUAAGUACAUUACUAAAGGACCAGAUAGAAGGUCAAAUAUUCAAAAUGUUUUACAAAAUCCAAGGGCAGGCAGAACUCAUCUUACUUCAUGGUUUGAACUUAACAGACAUGAUUGCAAUGCAAGAAAGCUUACAUAUGCUCAAAUACCAAAUUCCUUUACAUGGAAUGAAGAAUACAGUGAAUGGACUCCAAGGAAAAGAGGUUUCGCAAUAGGAAGGAUAGCAUAUGUUCCUCCAGGAAGUGAUGAUGUAUUCUUUCUUAGGCUGCUAUUGACCAAAGUAAGAGGAGCAACAAGUUUCCUCAAUUUAAGAACAAUACAAGGGGAGGUUUGUAGUACUUACGAAAGAGUAUGUCAAAAGUUGGGGCUUCUGUCGGACUCUUCAGAAUGGAUUCAGGUAUUACAAGAAAUUGCAGCAUCAAGUAUGCCACACAUAAUAUGGACUACAUUUGUUUCAAUGCUGAUGUUCUGCGAGAUACCUGAUCCUAAUGCUCUAUUUGAAUCUUCAUGGAGGUUAAUGAGUGAAGAUCAUGUUUAUUCUCUUCGUAAACAGAUACACUCAAAAACUUUCCAGCCUUCGGAUGAGAGACUUAAGAAUUGGGUGUUACAUCAGCUGGAAACUUUACUGAGAACUUAUGGUACCUCACUUCAGCAAUUACAUCUCCCAAGACCGACAGAUUCAGAACCUGACGAUGGAUCGAAUCCCCUGAUUAAUGAGCAUCUUAACUUUGAUGAUGAUCAACAAAGGUUACUGGCAAAUACUAUGGUUAGCAAACUGAACACAAAACAGCUAGAGGCUUUCACACUCAUUAUUCUCUCCAUCAACAACAACCUUGGCACUUCAUUUUUCCUAUAUGGCCAUGGAGGAACAGGCAAGACUUUUCUCUACAAUGCAAUCAUUGCAAAAUUAAAAAGUCUUUCCAGAAUUGCUAUAGCUGUUGCCUCAUCUGGAAUAGCAGCCACACUGCUACCAAACGGCACAACUGCUCAUUCAAGGUUCAAGAUUCCCCUUCAUAUAGACCAUGCAUCUACAUGUUCCAUAAAGAAAGGUACUCAUUUAGCUGAGCUAAUCCGUGCAGCUUCAUUGAUUAUUUGGGACGAAGCACCGAUGACACAUCGAAAUGCAUUUGAGUCUAUAAGCAGGACGUUUUGUGAUUUAAUGGACAUACCACUAUCAGGUCCAAAACAUAAGUUGUUUGGAGGGAAAACAGUAGUCUUUGGUGGUGAUUUUAGACAGACACUACCAGUAAUUUCAGAUUCAGGAAGGGAGCAAACAGUGGAUGGAUCAAUCACAAGGUCAUCAUUGUGGCCCUUUUUUAAAGUGCUCAAACUGUCAAGGAACAUGAGGCUUAAUGAUUCACAGGAUAAUAGAAACCUGGUCGGCUGUGGAAUGAACUUUGGUGAGUGGAUUCUGGCACUGGGAGAUGGAAGGCUUCCAACAAAAUCCUUUAUGGCUAACACACCUUCAGAUUGGAUUGAGAUUCCACAAAUACUCUUGAUCUAUGCUGGAAAAAAUCCAAUAGAGUCAAUCACAAAUGACAUAUAUGACACAUUUGAGGAACAACACAUGAGCACAGAUUACCUAAGUGGAAGGGCAAUCGUUACUCCUACUAAUGCAGUUGUGACUGAAGUGAAUGACUUCAUGUUGCACAAAAUUCCUGGACAUUGCCGUUGCUACUACAGUUCAGACUCUAUGCAACUUGAUACAGAGGUGCCUCAACUGUUUGCUGAAACUUACCCAACAGAAUUUUUGAAUGCUCUUCAGUUCAAUGGUGUUCCAGAUCAUGAAAUAAGACUCAAGGUUCACACUCCGAUCAUGUUACUAAGAAAUUUGAGCCCACCAAACGGCCUGUGUAACGGUACGAGGAUAUUGAUUACGAAAUUGGGGGAAAAUAUCAUUGUUGGAAACAUCAUGGGAGGAUCUUUUGACACAGAAGAGGUUGUUAUACCACGAAUAGUACUCAACAUAGAAGACAAACGCUGGCCCUUUAUACUGAAGAGGAGGCAAUUCCCAGUACGGUUAUGUUAUGGGAUGGCUAUAAAUAAGAGCCAGGGUCAGACUCUGGACAAGGUUGGAGUCUAUUUGCCCAAACCAGUAUUCAGUCAUGGACAGCUUUACGUGGCAGCAUCAAGAGUAAGAUCUGCAAAUGGUUUGAGAUUCUUGAUUGAAAAUGAAGAGGACAUUCCAGCAAAUUACACAAGAAACAUUGUAUAUUCAGAAGCCUUCACAGAUAUUGCACCUGGUUAA